AUCCAUUGAAGGUUUUAUGAUUUUGUAAAUGUCGUUUUGGGACAUGGUCCAUCUGUGAGAGAGAGAGAGAGAGAGAGAGAAGACUUAAGAGAUAAGUUGGGAGGUCUCUUUCCAUGGUUUGGUGAUUGGUCCUUCCCACUACAAUGGCAAUAUUCAAUUAAUGUGGGAUUAUUAUAAUCAUGUUUACUAAUUGAUAAGACAUUAAGUGCUUAUCCGCUGCAGUCUGCUCCGCUCCUCAGAGAAGCAACCUCGCUUAUACUUUUCUCUUCCGUUGAAUUUUUUACUGAAUCGCCAUUUCUGCAAGCUCCGCUGUUCCACAUCUACGCUGUUGCGAAUGCGAAUGCUGAGUUGAUGAGCCAUGUCUCUCGAUAUCUCCACCCUUGAAGCUAGGUACCUUGAAUCUUGCGAGAGGAAUGAGGUGGCACCUAAUGUGGCUGUGUUAUCAUGGUUUAAUAAGGCUAAAAUUCAGAAAUCCCAUCACAAGAAAUGUUGCAUAGUGGUUUUAUUGGACCAUCUAAAGGAUGCUGAUUUUUCUCCUCUUAUUGAUGUAUUCACGGCAAUUGACUCCUCCAAUACUGAUGCUGUUGACAUACUUAACGAAUCACCCUGCAUCUUGAAUGAAGAAUACGUAAUGUCUUUGAUGCGCACAAUAAACUUGAAGCUCCGAGUUGUUGAUCUCCAGGAUAUGUCAUUUGGAAAGGACUUUUUUCAGGAUCUCUCUUGGGGUGGCUUGGCUUGCCGAGUUUUAAACUUGACAUCAUCGCACAUACAGAAGCUCAACAUGGUGGGCAGGUUUAUGCAGUUACACACCCUUAAUCUGGAUUUUUGUACUUCGCUAACUAGUUUGCAGAAGGAUUGUUUUGCUUGCAUGCCAAAUCUGAUGUGUCUCUCUAUGUGUGAGACACGAGUUGCUAAUCUAUGGACGACUAGUGCUGCGCUGUCAAAGCUCCCUUCUUUGGUGGAACUCCGCUUCCAGAAUUGUUUGUGCUGCAGUGACACUGGGCCAUGUCCUAAGUUAUCCAGUGAGAAAACUGACAUUCUUUUGCAUGAGCGAACUGGUUUGGGUCAGUUGAAAAAAAAAUUCUACUCUGAUACUCCACCUGUUGAUAGUAGGAAAGUUAGAGUCCAAGAUUUUGGCACAGAUGAGGCAGUCAGGAGCUUUGUAUCUAAUGAUGAUUCACUUAUGGUUCAUGAUGUCCAAACUGCAGCUUGUAAUAUAUCAGAAAAUUGUGAAGCUAGAUUGUCAAGUCACCUGCAAAGAAUAAGCUUGUUAGAACUUUCAUCUGGUGCCCUUUCUGCCUUUGAUGGACAUUCUCCUCUCCAAAAUGAGGUUUCUUUUGACAAAUUGCAUGUUCGUGAUGAAGAUGAGUCUAUUGUGAGUGCUCUUAACUUAGGCACAGAAAAUACCCCUACUGCUUUGAAGAAGUAUAUUUCGCACCAUCCUUCACCCAUAUGCUUUGAGAAGCAUUAUAGAGAGUAUAUGGUCGCUUCGUUGCCUCGUUUGGAAGUUCUAGAUAAUUUACCAAUAAGAAAGACUGACAGAGAGAUGGCCAAGGUUAUCUUCUCCAAAUAUUUUGAGUACUUACCAUAUAAACAUCAGCACAAGGAGAGUGUUGUCAGUGCUUUGUUGAAACGUGAAAUGGGGACAGCUAGUAUUCAUUGGAAAAAAUCAUCCACGGAAAAGUGUCCAUCUUUUCAUAGAAAGGGUCAACAUUAUUUCUCCCGGUCUCUUUGUGCUGCCAAAGUUGGGUCUUCUGCAUGGCCGCUCAUGUGUCCAGUGUCUAACAUUUGCCAAUUUUCCAAAGAAGAAAGUAAGAUAAUUCGUCCAAGGCAGUUUGAAUAUCAUCCAUCAAACUCCAGUCUUAUGGCUUUUGGAACUUUGGAUGGUGAAGUAGUUGUUUUGAACCAUGAGAAUGGUAACCUUGUUGGUUAUGUCCCAUCCACAGGAGUAACGAACAGUGUUUUGGGGCUCUGUUGGCUGCGGAAGUACCCAUCCAAGCUACUUGCAGGUUCUGAUAAUGGUUCCUUGAAAUUGUAUGACAUUAAUGGCAUGCUGCGAAAAGUUGCAGAUGUCUAUUGCAGUUCCAGCACAGCUACAUUUGAUGAUUUUGAGCAGCUGACUUCUGUUCACGUCAAUUCAAUGGAUGAUCAAUUUCUUGCAAGUGGGUACUCAAAACAUGUUGCUCUUUAUGACAUUGGUACUGGGCGACGCCUACAAUUGUUUACUGAUUUGCAUCGAGAACCCAUUAAUGUUGCUAAAUUUGCACACCAUUCCCCCUCCAUAUUUGCCACUUCAUCAUUCGACCAUGAUGUCAAGAUGUGGGACUUGAGACAGAAACCAGUAAGGCCUUGCUAUACGGCUUCAAGCUCAAGAGGAAAUGUGAUGGUUUGCUUUUCACCUGACGACCUCUAUCUGCUUGUGUCAGCAGUUGACAAUGAGGUUAAGCAACUUUUGGCAGUAGAUGGGAGGCUUCAUAUGAAUUUUGAGAUCACAUCUACAGGAAGUGCUCAUAAUUAUACACGUUCUUAUUACAUAAAUGGAAGGGACUAUGUCAUUAGUGGGAGUUCUGAGGAGCAUGUAGUUCACAUUUGCUGUGCUCAAACUGGAAGGCGGCUUAGGGAUGUUGAUUUGGAGGAUAGGGGCUCAGGAAGUUCUAUGUUUGUGCAGUCCUUGAGGGGUGAUCCUUUUAGGGACUUUCACAUGAGUGUCUUAGCAGCUUAUAGGCGCCCUGGCUCGAAGUGGGAGAUCAUCAAGGUCAAUUUGCUUGAAUCCAACCACAAUGCUAAAGAGAAUUUUUGUAGCAAUCAAUUUUGCCCAUCCUAUGGGCUCGGAGGUUGACAAAUGUACAUAUCUAUAUGAAUGCAUGCACGCGUAUGUCUAUAUCUAUGUAUUUCCUUAAUCUGUAAUAAUGCCAUCUUGUGUAGUCUGCACUCUGUACUUGUCUUUGGAUUCUCCCAUUGACAUCUCGAGUUUCUUGUCUCGUUGGUUGGGUUCUUGAGUUGCAAGCUGCCCGGUGGACGUUGGUGUUCUUGAUGCCAUGCUCCUUUUGAGUUAUGGUUGUUAUGCUGGCAGCUUGAGUUCCUGGAGGUAAACUUGUGAAAAUUUGGGCAAGAGUUGGUUAAAUGGUUUGGUCCUCU